ACUAAAGUUAACGUCCGCCUUUUAUAGGACUUCAGAGUUCUGAUACAGCUGUACUGCUGUACAAAAUGCAUAGUAAAAAUUAAUUGUUUUCGGAGGCAGUGGGACAUAAAUAUUAAAGGUGCCGUAUUAAAACCUAAUCAAGACAUGAUCUAUAAAUGUUUUCUUAUUUAUCUCGGGAUACUCUGGCAAAGUGUGAAUGGCGCCGACCAAUGUGUAACUCGCGGAAGGUUUCCUAAUCGAAUAGAAAAUUGCCGAGGCUACACCAUGUGUAUUAAUGGCCCCGCCGGUUUCAUAGAAUACAACCUCACCUGUCCAGAAUCCUUCAUUUACAGCCAUUUAGAAAACCUCUGUACAAACGUGACUAGUUACAAAUGUAUGCCUGAAUUCAAAUGCACGGAAGCAGGAAAUUUUGAAGUCGAUUCUGAAAAUUGUACGUCAUUCGCAGCUUGUGUUGAAGGUCUAAGCGGUUUAGUGGAUGCAAGAUGGUCGGAAUGCCCCCAAGGAACAGUAUUUAGUCCAACCGAAAAGAGUUGCAUAAAUGAAACGUUAUAUGGUUGUCAUAAAAUCGAAGAUUCACCCAAUAUUCUUUCUAUUCUAAUUAAUAAUGGACCAAUAUUUACUGCUAAUUUUACUUUAAAUGAUGCUCCUACAUUAAGUUAUCAUUAUACUACUGUGUAUGGGUUUUCGUUACUUCUGUUAUUAUAUACAAUAAAGCGUUAA